UGUUAAUUGCUUAUCAUCUAUUGUAUUAAAAAAAUAAUUUAGAUAGUUUUUCGUAUCUAUUUUUGUGAACUUGUAUAAACUAAUAAUAACAUGGAUUUCGAUUUAUUUGAAACAGAAGAUGAUGACAUGCUAUCAUCGAUGAAUAUUGCUCAAACAGAACAGCUCGAGUUUCCUACAAACAGUUUACCUGAGUUUAAUUGCCAAGGUGAGGAUACCACCAGCUUAGAUUUUCUUCCAGAUUCAUUUGCAAAAAAUUUUAGAGUUUUUAAUAUAAAUUUUGAACAAAAUGAAGAAAUUCAACUAACAAAAUACAAUUUUGAUAAAAAUUCUUUAUAUUCAAGUUUUAAAGUAAAUCUCAUUUUUGGGCAAAUCAGAAUGAAUAUUCAGAAAUUGAUUGUAAAUAUAAAAUCUUCUCUACAAGAUGAUAAUCUAACUUUCUAUCAAAAUCGAAGACAAGUUACGCUUCUGUUUCAUCUUAUAAAUGGUUAUCCAACAUUAGAUUAUAUGAAAUUGAAGCCGUUUUUGGAUAGUAUCAGGAAUUUAUUAGAUGAGAGUUCAAGAAAAGAUUUUUUUAGAAGCAUAUAUUUAGCUUAUGGUUGCAAAGGAAAUGAAACAGAUUCACCAGCAUAUCAUUUAUUACAUGGAUUUUUAGAAUGGCGGUUAUUGGAUCUUUCUAUACUCGUUAAGCACCAUUAUAAUUUAAACUCAGAUCUUGUAGGAGAUGAAGCUAAAGAAAAAUUUUCAUUCGUUUUGAACCGAAUAUCGCGAGUUUUGGAUGAUUUGAUUCAAAUAUCAAUAUACUUUUUUAAAAAGAAAACAUUACCAGAUUCGUUGUAUCAGUCUAAUUUCCAAUGUACAUGCAUCAAGGAGUCUUGGUUAAUAUUACAGUUUAUAAUCGAAAGCUUGAAAAAUGAUGAAUUUAGUUUUUGGAAAUUGUUCAAUGAAAGAAUCGAUGAAAUUAAACUUAAUACAGACCAUUUUGAUAUUUCAUCAGAAAAAAUUCCUGAAUUUACACUAUGGUUACUAAAAGGAUUAGUUAGAUUACAAGGUUAUAAAACAAAUGGAGUCUAUGAUGGUCCAUCACAUUCUAGGGUUGUUGAAAAUUUUGAUUUGUUGGAACCGGUUGUUGAGCAAUUUUUAAAUUUGAAUCCAUCUGAAGAACAGACAAGAAUAUUUUUAUGCAAUUUAAUGCCAAUUUUAUUAGAAUGGUGGUCACCGAAACCAAAUAUUUCUAUGAUACUUUGGGAAUAUUUUCAUAAAAAAUUGAAUUCACAAUUUUUUAUAGCUGGUUCAGCGCCCAGUAAUUUAGCAAUUUCAAGCUCAUCUGGAAAAGGAUAUUUAGAAAAAAUCAAAACUUUAUUGGUAAAUUGUAAACCAGAUCCCAAUCUUUCAAGUUAUAUUCUAUUUACAUUGAUACUUGGGAAAACCAUCGAAAAAUUAAUUAAAACAAAUCAAAAUAAUCAAGUACAAAAGAUUUUUGGACGGAUUUAUACAAAAUUUUCACCAGCAAAAUAUUUGGCAUUAAGUGAAAUUGGAAUACAUCAUUUAAUUGAAUUAUUUUUAACAUUAACAUUAAGUUCGGAUAUUCAAGAGAUUGCACCAAAAAUCAAAGAUAAAUUACUUUUAAUACAAUUAGAUAAAAUUUCAUUGAAUCGACAAAUUUGUAUUAUGAAAGGACAUGUAGCCUUAAUGAUAUUAUAUGUAGAAAAUUUUAUGGAUUUAUCAGAUUAUAUUAAAAAAAUAUUAGAACAAUUGAAUUCUAUUAAAAAUGAUAUUAAUAUAUGUAAAAUAUUAAGUGAAGGUCUAUGUGAAAUAUUAAAAAAAUCUGAAAAUUUCGAUAAUGGAGAAUAUUUAUUAGUUGAUAGCUGGAUUACACAUUACUUAAAUAAUAGUUUACCAGUUGAACAAGAACGAACUUUAGAAGCAAUACAUAAUGUUUUUGAAAAAAUUCAAAAUUAUCAACAGAGUGUACAUUUUGAUAGACCGUCAUCAUCGCAAUCAUCAAAUAAUGUAAAUCCAUUGAGGGCAAACAACUUUCAAAGUUUGAAAAAAAACUUUAAUUUACAUUUAUUCCCAUUUAUAAAACAAAAUUUUUCUAUAAGUUUUUCAAUUUGGAUACCAAAACUUGCUGCUGAUUUUUGUAUUCAUUGUCAUCAUAAUAAUUCAUCUAUGCAAACUAGUGUAGUAGCUUCCACAAGUACAAAUAUUAAUAUAAGUGAUCAAGCAAUUUUUCAAAAGAAUUUUCAAUUUUUUAUUGAUGCAACAUGUUCUAAUAAAGAGGCUCCAUUGAAAUUUUUGCUAUCAUUACUUGCUUCUGAUAAAAGAAAUGUGAUUCCAGCUGCAACAAUCAUUCAAGUAUGGUUAAAAAGUUUAGUUUUACUGUCAUCGAACAAUGAGGAUGUUGUGAAUUUAACAAGAAUUGUAACUAAUCUUGAUGAAUUUGGUUUUGUAUGUGAUUUAGCUGAGAAUGAUUUGUUAACAGCAAAAGAAACUUUAUGCGUUUUUGUAUCAGCUGUUGGUCGCAAUUACAGAAAUAUUGAAAAUUUUCAAACAAAAUGUUCAGUAAGCGAUAAAUUUAAUAAAUAUUUAAAUGGUUUCGAAAAAUGGUAUACAGAUAAAAAUGAAAAGCCAGAAGUAACAAUACGUUUUUAUAGCUUUAUAGCGAUUGUAAUUUUUAAUUGCCCCGAAAUUGUUUAUGCGAAAUCAAAAAUUACCUGUUUUUUUCAUAUUGCAAUGACACGUUUCAUUCUUCCGACAACAAUACAAGUUGGCAAGGCCCCAGACCAAAAACUAACUCAAGUUAUACAUAAGGUAUGGCCAGUGCUUGUACAGGGUAUUGGAAAUCUUAAUUUCAAAGGUGAUCCAUAUGUUUCAAAAACUUUGACCGAUCUAAUUGUUAAAUGGACUCCAUAUUUUAAAAUAUCACAAAAUCCAAAGAUUGUCGCUCGUCCCUUUUUAAAUUGUUUAUCCGCAGAAAAUGAACAAUUAUCAAUAUUUGUCUUUGAAAAAUUGACAACAGUUUUUUUAACAAUGCAACGAAGACAAGCUGAUCCGAAUGCAUGUUUAGUUAUAACAAUAUUCCAGGAAAUUGUUGAAGCCAAUUCAGAUAAUUCUUCUAAAUUAAAAUUGUUUGUAAAAGCAACAUGUUUAACAACACUUGAACAUUUAAUGAUGGUAGAAGAAAUCGUUCCGAGUCGUUCUUUAUUAUUGGAUAUGUUCAAAAAAAUUUGUAGAAGCUCAGCUUUCAGGAGUAGCUUAGAGAUAAGAGAAAUAAUAACAGAGCAUUUAAGAAUUAUUACCGUAAAACAUCUUUCAUAUUAUACGUUCUUUCUUUUUGACAUGUUAACUCAAAUUGUUAAUAUAUGUGUUGAUUUAGUGGAACCAAUUUUAGGAUUUCUAAUGGAACAAAUUAAAGUUGUCGAGCAAAAACGCGGUGUUGGAGAAGAUCAAAGGAUAAGGAGCUGCUUUCAAAAACUUCAAGGCUCAAUUUUAGCGGCCAAAAAUAGGAGAUAAAACAGAACAGAAUAAAAAAUAUUUUAUCAAAUGAGAUAAUUUGCAAAUGAUUCGAAAUUAAAUGUUUAAAAUAAGCUUUUUAUUACGUUUAUAAUUUUUUACUGAAAAUAAUUAUUGACGUUUGUAAUUAUUUUGCAAAAUAACUAAAAAUACGCAAUACUAGAAAAUUUGGUAUGCUAACUUAUUUAUUUUACUCAAGCUCAAGUCAGUUUAGGCAAUAGUAAGGUGACAUAUAAAUCUACAGGAAUUUUGCAACUAAUAACCACACUUAAUUAUAGAUACUCUUUUAAUAAAUUUUACUGCCAUUUAUCGUACUUACCUUUACAUGCAGUAUUUCUUUACUUUAAAUUAUCAAUAUCUAGUUGGCAUGUCAGCAUAUAAUGAGAAUUUAAAUAA